AUGAAGGCGACCCUACGGCUCUGGACGGCGGUGAUGGCGUUGGUGUGCGUAAGUCUCCAGGUGUCCGCAUUACCUUACAGUGACAGCCGUGUUGUACAGGAAAAUAGCUUGCUUUCACUGAAAAGGACGAAACCAUCGCUGUCGAUCGUUAACCCGCUGGAUGUGCUUCGGCAGCGAAUCAUUCUCGAAAUGGCCCGAAGACAGAUGCGCGAAAACACUAGACAGGUUGAACUAAACAAGGCACUGCUGAGGGAAAUCGGAAAACGGAGUAGCAACCUAUACGACGGAUCCGAAUACCCGGUCGACUACACGUACUACGAUCGGAAGCUGUACAACCAGCAUGUCGCAUCCAAACCCGACCACGCCAGCCCUGCCGAGGAGGAGCUGGAAGCGAUGGUCGAAAACCUACUGCAGCACAACAAUCGUCUUGCCGCAAGGGAAGGUAACUAUGGUGGCAAGUACCAGCGAACGCGCUCCGUCAACGAACGGCAAACACCCGCGUCAAGGAUGGUCUCCGAACCGAUGUCCCAGCAGCAGCAGCAGCAGCAGCAAGCACAGUCCCAGCAGCUUAGCAGUCUUUUCAACAACGAACAGGAAGGAGAUCUCAAGACUAAGGAUCAAGCUCUCAGGCAGGAACCGGACAACGUGAACUUGGACACCACUGAAGACGAUGUGCAGGAACAGCAGGAACAAUCGAUGAAUGAUGGUAGCAGCUCUGGCGUGUUAAAAGCGAUACAGCAGGACGGCAACAUUCUCCUGGACCAGUCGAGCAACCAUCAAUCGUCGAGCGAUCGGAACAGUGGCACCGACUUUGGACCCCGGUACGUCUACGGUAUGUACAAAAACCGAUACGCCAACUAA